AGCAUAUUUCAAUAACAGUAAAUUCUCAGAAAACAUCGUAACUAAAGAACAAUUUGAAAGAGAUCAUCAACGAAUAACAAUACUCAAAAGAGCCCUUGACCAACAACUAACAUUAUAUACAGAAGAUAAAAGAAUAGCAGCAUUAAUAUUAGCACAUAAAUACCAAGAAAAAGAAAUACUCAACUGGGCAUUGUAUACAGCAGAAAGAUCAUUAAAAGAUUAUAUAAGAUACUGUGCAUACUCAGAAGAAGAAACAAAGUUUCCAGAUCUUAGCAAAGUCGACCUUGCUAAAGAUAUUCUAAAAAGA